AUGGCUCCCAAGCGCGUUGCUGUCUCCUCUGGCCCCCAGAAGGGCUUCCUGACCACCAUCUAUGAUGAGGCCACCAACCCCGAGAACACCACCAUUGUUCGAAGCCUCUUGGUCUUCGGUGCCGGUGUUGCAUUCCUCCACAGCAGCCUCGGCGAGCUCCUGCUGCCUCCUAUGUAA